AUGUCGUCCACCGACGAGAUCCGCAAAGACGCGAGCCCCCUGGCCGAAGAGAAGCGGUCACACGAUGACACGCCCGCCGUCGCACACACCGUCCAGCCCGUCGUGUCGCUCGACGAGCAGCCCCCCGCCGCGCGCUCCAAGCUGAAGGCGUUCGGACUCAUCUUUGCCUGCGGCUCCGCCCUCUUCUCCGACGGCUACGUCAACGCCAUCGCUGGCCCCGCCAUCACCAUCCUCUCGUACAUCUACCCGGACUACAAAGACUUUUCCGGCUUCGAAUCCAGGUUCUCGUCGCUCGUCUUUGCCGGAACCCUGGUUGGCAUGCUCGUGUUUGGUGUCGUCGUCGACCGUAUCGGACGCCGCUGGGGAAUGUGGUUCUCGUCGAUCUGGCUCACCCUGUUCAGCAUCCUCAUUGCUGGUGCUUGGGGAGCCGGUGGGUCCACCGGUGGCCUCUUUGCAGCGCUCUCCGCCUACCGCUUCAUCCUCGGCAUCGGUCUUGGGAGUGAGUAUCCGUCGGGGUCUGUCGCAGCAUCUGAAAACACGGAGUCGGACGACGUAAAGAAGACUCGACAGCAGGCGUACUUCAUCAUUGCGACCAAUUCGAUGAUCGAUCUCGGCUUCGUUGUGGCGUCGCUGGUGCCACUGAUCCUGCUCCUCAUCUUCGGCAUGGGCCACCUCGAGUGGGUCUGGCGUCUCUCGCUCGGCCUCGGCGCGCUACCGCCGUUGAUCGUCUUCUUCUUCCGGGCCGGCAUGAAGGAGCCUGAGCACUUCCGAAAGGGCGCGAUCAAGAAGAACGUGCCCUGGCUCCUCAUCUUUAAGCGGUACUGGGUGCGCCUGGCCGCCGUCAGCCUUGCGUGGAUCGCGUACGACUUCGUGAGCUACCCGAGCGGCAUCUACUCGUCGAUCAUCACCAAGCAGCUCAUCCCGACCGACGCCGGCCUGAGCGACUACGAGGUGCUCAAGCGCAGCCUGGGCUACAGCACCGCGCUCAACUGCUUCUACCUGCCCGGCACCUUUUUCGGCGCCAUGGUCACCGACCGCCUCGGCCCCAAGCGCACCAUGAUCAUCGGCCUCCUCCUCCAGGCCAUCAUGUGCAUCAUCAUGGCCACCGCCUUUACCAAGAUCCGCGAGUCGCUCGGCGCCUUUAUCGUCGUCUACGGCCUCUUCCUCUCGUUUGGCGAGUUCGGAUCGGGCAACAACCUCGGCCUGCUCGCCUCCAAGGCCUGCGGGCCCGCCGCGGUCCGAGGCCUGUUUUACGGCAUUGCCGCCGCCCUCGGCAAGGCCGGCGCCUUCGGUGGCUCCUACGCCUACCCGCAGAUCCAGGCCGACGUCGGAGGUCCCUCAGAGACGCUCUACUACACCGCCCCCUUCUACGUCGCCCUCGGGCUCGCCAUCUUCUCGGCGGCCAUCACCUACUUUUUCAUCCCCGAGGUGCGCGCCGACUCGAUGAAGCAGGAGGACGCGGCGUUCCGCCAGUACCUCAUCGACAACGGCUACGACGUCUCGCAGAUGGGCUUCGACGAGCCCAACCGCGCCUCCAACGCCGAAAAGGGCGUCGUCACCCCGAGCCCGUAG